CUAUAAUUGAUUGUUUUAUACUUGCAAUUGGAUUAAAAUUCAGCCAGUUUUGCCUCGCUUAAUGUCAUUAUUAUGAUAUAGCAUCCGAAGCAAUUGUCGAGAAUAUUACGUCAUUGCCUGGGGUCGCUUCUUAUAUAUCACCGAAUCUAACUCAUUCGCUAAAGAUCAAGACGACAAUACUUUUUCUUCGUCUUUCGAUUAUUAAUUCUGUUAUUAUUAUAUAUGUCUCCGUGGAACAUUAUUCGUCACUCGUGGGUCUUCCGGAAUCGCCUUUGUCGUAUGGCUUCUCAAUUCUCCAGUAAAUCAGCGGGGGUAUCCCUCGCUGACCUUCCAAAAUCGAGCGUGUUCACCUCCAGGCUACCCCCGGACCCUGCAUUUGAGACCCCCGCUUCAUCUCACAGCGCGCCUCGACAAACCCUUGGGCCGCGCUUGGUUAGAGGUGCCCUAUAUACCUUUGUUCGUCCCGAGCCAACGGAAGAGCCGGAAUUGCUGGGAAUCAGUCCUAGAGCUAUGGAGGACCUUGGACUGCAAUCAGGUGAAGAGCAGACCGUGGAGUAUAGGGCGUUGGUUUCUGGUAACAAGUUCUAUUGGGACGAAGAGAACGGGGGCAUUUACCCUUGGGCGCAGUGCUAUGGAGGCUGGCAAUUCGGUGUUUGGGCAGGUCAACUCGGAGACGGGCGUGCGAUAAGCCUUUUUGAGAGCAUCAACCCCGAAACAAAAAACCGUUAUGAGUUGCAAUUGAAAGGUGCUGGUAGAACGCCCUACUCACGCUUUGCUGAUGGACAGGCUGUGCUUCGGUCAAGUAUCCGUGAAUAUAUCGUAUCAGAAGCGCUUAAUUCUCUCGGCAUACCUACUACCCGCGCCCUCUCUCUUGUCUUGUUACCAAAGUCGAAGGUCCUUCGAGAACGCAUUGAACCGGGGGCUAUUGUUGCUCGGUUUGCUGAAUCCUGGCUGAGAAUCGGGACCUUUGACCUUCUUCAUGCUAGAGGAGAUCGUGAUACAAUCCGAAAAGUUGCAACCUUUCUUGCUGAAGAUGUCUUCCAAGGAUGGGAAUCUCUCCCGGCAGCCGUGCCACUUGGAAAAGACCAAUCCUCGGCAGCUGUGGAUAACCCAAGCAGAGGCGUUUCCCGUGAUGAAAUCCAGGAACACGAAGGGGUGGAGGAAAACAGAUUCACACGACUAUACCGAGAGAUUGUUCGACGGAACGCGAAAACAGUGGCUGCUUGGCAAGCUUAUGGGUUCAUGAAUGGUGUGCUGAACACCGAUAAUACGUCGCUAUAUGGUCUCUCGAUCGACUAUGGUCCGUUCGCUUUCAUGGAUAACUUUGAUCCUCAAUAUACACCAAACCACGAUGAUCACCUUUUGAGAUACUGUUACAAAAACCAGCCCAGUAUCAUAUGGUGGAACUUGGUUCGGCUCGGAGAGUGUUUGGGUGAACUUCUGGGCGCAGGUCGUAACGUUGAUGAAGAGGAUUUUGUCAAAGAGGGAUUGACUGAGGAAUCUGCAGAGGCUGCUGUUAAGCAUGCCGAGAAACUCAUUGAACGAACAGGGGAAGAGUUUCGCACGGUCUUUUUGGAUGAAUACAAGAACUUGAUGGGCAGAAGACUGGGACUGAAGACCCAGAAAAAAUCAGAUUUCCAAGAUCUUUUUUCCGAGAUGCUAGAUACCCUGGAGGCGCUCGAACUCGACUUCAACCACUUCUUCAGGCGACUCUCCAAGCUGCCACUUGCCGAGACAGAGACCGAGGAAGGUCGGAAAGCAGUGGCGCCGAUUUUCUUCCACACCGAAGGUUUUGGGGGCAUUGGGUACACCGAGGAUUCUGCCAAGGACCGCAUUGCAAAGUGGCUUAACAGCUGGAGGUCGCGGAUUCUGGAAGACUGGGGCACCGAUCAUGAUGCGGAAAGACAGAGCGCCAUGGAAGCAGCUAAUCCAAAUUUUAUUCCUCGUGGAUGGAUCCUUGACGAAGUGAUUGAGCGUGUUGAACGUAAGGGAGACCGGGAAAUCUUGGGACGAGUCAUGCAAAUGGCAUUGAACCCCUUCAAAGAUGAGUGGGGUCUGGACAAGGACGAGGAGGAACGGUUCUGUGGUGAUGUGCCUCGAUUCAAGAGAGCGAUGAUGUGUAGCUGUAGCUCAUGAGAUUAUGCCUACGCACAAUGCUGAUAUUGUAGAUAUUGGUUGUAUGUACAAACUGAAGUACAUAUUUGUCUACAUUAGGGCUUUAAGUAAUCUGCCAGAAUAACCCAGUUUAGAAUACACAUGUUAAAAGCAUACGCA